AUGUCGUAUACUCAAGCCACCGUCCCAUACACCACGAGCAGGACCGAUAAAAUGCGCCACUUCCGGGAGACGAAACACGGCGCCUGCUCGCCUGGUCACCUCCUCUGUUCCAAAGACGCAGAUAGCAAGACAUCAAACGGCGCAGACCGCCCUGCCACAGCCCUCUUCGCGCUCAUCGAGUGCCUCCUGCACGUCAACGCCGCGCCACACUGCCGGCCAUCAGGAAAGACAACGCCGCAGUGCCGCUCAAUGUCGACCGGGUCUGUAUUAAGAUAUUUUUAG